UUGUCAACUUUACGUGCAACAGUCAUUUAUCCAGUAGUACAUGCUGUCACUUUAUGCUGCGUAUCGUGCUUGCUCAAGAAGCGUACUAGGGAGAUCUCCUGGAAGAUUCAAGUAGUUUAGAAAGCGGAUUUCCGGCAGGAUGAAGCUCCUUGCGCUUUGUUCGUCAUGCCAUGGGUCUACGACAGCUCGCAUCCCCACGGCCGUGAUGGCGUUCCUUGCGUGCUUCAUGAGCUACUCCGUGCGGCUGUGCCUCAACCUGGCCAUCAUCGCCAUGGUGGUGCCAGGCGAGGGCUCUCACUCAGGGCCCGAGUGCGGCGCCGCCGACUGGGACAACUCCAGUACCAGCGCCAACACCAGCGCCAAAGUCGUCCCUGACUACGGCCCGCGGUACGAGUGGAGUGCGAGCGUACAGGGCCACGUGAAGGCGGCGUACGGCGUGGGCUACUUCAUAGCGCAUUUCCCCGCGGGCAUGCUGGCGGACGCAGUGGGCGCGCGGGCCAUCGUGUUCGCCGCCAUCCUGCUGCAGGGCAUGCUGACGGCGCUGGUGCCGCUCGCCAGCAGCGCGCACUGGGGCGUCGUCUACGUCCUGCGCCUCGUGGCUGGACUGGGCGGGGGGCUUGUGUACCCGGCGUUGCACACACUGGUGGCGCAGUGGGCGCCGCCCAAUGAGAAGGGCAAGUUCAUCUUCUCCCUCAUGGGAGGCACGUUCUCCGCCGUGGGCACGUGGCCUGUCGUGGGCGCCAUCAUCGACUCUCUAGGCUGGGAGGCCGCCUUCUACUACAUCGCCCUGACGUGCUGCGCGUGGUCGUUCGCGUGGCUGGCGUUGGUGUACGACUCACCGGCCGUGCACCCGUUCAUCUCGGAGAGCGAGCGCAGCUACAUCCUGACGGCGCAGAGCGGCUCCGUGCGCAGCACCAAGCGGCCUGUGCGGCUGCGCGCCGUCGCCACCAGCGUGCCUUUCAUCGCCCUGCUGGCCGCGCACUACGGCAACCUGUGGGGGCUGUUUCUGCUCACGACGGACACGCCGCUCUUCCUCAGCGAGGUGCUCGGCUUCAGCAUCAAGGAGAGCGGCUUCCUGGGCAGCUUGCCGUCGUUGGGCCGCUGCGUGAUGUCGCUGCUGUUCGGCGCAGUCGUGGACCACGUCACCAGCCGGGGGCUGUGGAAGAACAAGUCUCACAUGCGCAAGGCCUUCGUCUUCUUCUCGCACAUCGUGCCCGGCGCGCUGAUGCUGGGACUGGCGUUCGUGGGGUGCAAUGUGCCGGGAGCUAUAGCGCUACUAACGAUUGGCCUGUCCUUCAACGGCGCCUCCACCGUCACCAACCUCGUCAAUCACCACGACCUCGCACCCAACUAUGCAGGUUCCUUAUAUGGAUUUAUGAAUGGAUUUGGAGCAACGACUUUGUGGAUUGUUCCUUCAGUUACUGGAGCUAUACUUGAAAGUCACAACGGCCUUCAAGAAUGGAAAACAAUUUACCUGAUUGGAUCAGGCUUGUAUUUGGUCGCAGGCGUAAUCUUCAUUGCAUUUGGUUCUGCCGAAAUUCAAGAAUGGAACAACUCUGAUGAGGACUCGAAAGUUGAGAGUGAGAAGAAAAUGGAGUCUGCUCCACCGCACGAAGAUCCAGUGGUAACUCCGGAUCCCAUAAUUGCUUCUGAUGCCCAAGUUCAGGAGGCCAAAUGAGCCAUCAUUGCAAUUAAAGUUUUCAAAGUCAAUAAUCAGUAUUCCAACUUAAUGUUUCGUCAGUAUCUGGCUCGUUGAUUCUGACAAGAACAGGAGGCGGGUAUAUAAUCAUAAUCUCGAGAGUUUGAAACUACUAAUUUUAUUGUCGUUUCAUCGACAUGUCUGAAAUGAUGAAUUAACCUUCUUUCUGUUGAUAUUCAAAGUUUUAGGCAAUAUAUAUUUUUGAUCUCGUUCUGAUACAAAUGGCACUACGCAGUGCAAUUCUUAGAUGAUGUUGUCACCGAGUGAGGUAAAUAGGCUUCGAUGGUGUAAUCUGUAUAUUAAAUUGACAUCUGAACUAGUUGGUAAGAACAAUAUUUACUUGAUCAUGCAAUAAUUCUCACACAAAAUACUUAUAAUUGUUGCAAUUAUAUUUUUUAAUGUGCGAUAAAUUGCAUGCAUCGUUUUAUUUAUUUAAUUCAUGUACAUUUCAUAUUGAUCAUUUUGUGUCCUGUUUGAUACUGACUUCAACAUUGCGUAAUGACUUCCAUAUUAGUAUUUGAGAGAAAAGUAGGGUUUUUUUAAUUUUUUGUAAGGUUCAUUACAGAAAUGGUGUGCAAAUAUUUGUGUGAUGAUUGGUAGUUUCCGUUUGUAUAUUGCAGAGUGUAUGGACUUUCAUUCUAAUAAAAUUGAGUUAUUGUAAUGUAAUACACAUUUAUUUUUUUAUUAAUACUAGGUGUCUGCGUCAGUAAAAAUGCUGCUGAACUAAACC